AAAGAUGCAAUAUUCAGUGAUAUAAGCGACCAAGCGAUUUGCUAUUUCCGGUUAUGAGUCUGACGUGUGUCGUAAAGGCUUAGAGGACUUCAAGUGUGAGAGAGAUUUCCACUUACUGUGCCCUAAUUCGAAAAUGAGAAUGCUGAACAAUUAUUUGGAUUUCUGACAUCAAACCCAUGUAAGACCACAAUGACCCAUUGGUGAGAGCAAUCAUUCCCAGUUUGCCGGUGUACAUUGACACUUACUGUCAAGAUGAUGCAGGAUGAGGAGGAUGAGGGCGGGACGUAUGAUCACACAUCGCUGCUCGACCUUCGCAAACGGAAAAGUCCCACAACAAUGUGGUGUUGCAGCUUCAUCAAGACCGUGUGUUUGUCCCUCACUUUUCUAACUUUGGGUUUAUGUAUCGCAAUCCCUGGGCCAACCCUCCUGGACCUGAAGGAGAGAAUCCACACUGACACCACACACAUGGCCCUGAUCUUCACGGCAAGGUCCAUCGGGUACCUCCUCGGGUCUCUCAUUGGCGGAUUCCUUUUUGACCACUUCGAUAAACAGCUCCUGCUGAUGGUGACCUUGAUAGUUGCUGCCUUAGCCACUGGUAUCAUUCCUUGGUCACUCACGCUGACCGUUCUCACGUUGAUGAUGUCACUGCAGGGAAUGUCUAUGGGAGUUUUGGACACAGGUGGCAAUGCUUACUGCGUUAGGAUCUGGGGUAAGAGAAGCCCUCCAUACAUCCAGGCAAUGCACUUUGCGUUUGGAGUAGGUGCCUUCAUAGCUCCAUUGCUAUCUCAACCUUUCCUCUCCAACACUCCUGUGAAUUUAUCCACGAAUACUUUUCAGCAAGGUCUUCACCCAAUGACUGGCUCUUUAACCGAGUUUCUCGUAAACAAUACAAAUGCCUCAAAUUUUUCUCGCCAUGCGAGAGAUUCACCCAGCAUCAACAAUACACUCCCACCGAUUGAUUUCAGUUAUAGCAGUACAAAAGAUGUCUCCAUGACAACGACUAUGGUUUUGACCCUUGCUCCUGUCACCCCAGCCCCGCAGAAACCAAAGAAACCAACACACAUAGACUCUACCACAGAGGACAAGCAGAAGGCAGAUGGUAACAAAUAUUUGAAGGAUAUUAAUGACAAAACUAAGGAUGGCCCUGAGAAAAAUCCACAGAGUAAACACCUCACUCCGAGACCUCCCUCAGACUGGCACACAGAUCCUGUAAAUGGAAGCGGAGGUGUACCCCCAGCAAUAAAUGAAGGUGAGACUAAUGGUACAGAGCCAGGGAAUUCAGUAUUACUCACACCAAACAUUAAUGGUGGAACAUCAACACUGAGACCAUCUACAAACUCUCCAAAAUCCACCUCAGAAAUCUCCACUCCAUCCAAAACAGCUGUUAAAAAAACAAUUUCAGAUUCCACCCCAGAGAGACCAAAAACGAAAUCCUCCACCAACACAAACUCCACUGCCACCUUGACACCAAGUCCUGCUUUACAAACACAACCCAGCACCCCACAAAUAUCUACCACUAAAACACCACCAGCUUCACAAACAUCAACCACCAAAAAACCACCAACCACUACUACACUAACUACCACUACACAAAUACCAACCACUACAACACAAACAUCUACCACUACACAAAUACCAACCACUACAACACAAACAUCUACUACUACACAAAUACCAACCACUACAACACAAACAUCUACCACUACACAAACAUCACCCAUUUCAACACAAACAUCUACCACUACACAAACAUCGCCCAUUUCAACACAAAAAGCAACCCAGACAACCACCACCAAGAGACCAUCAGCUACAAAAACCACUACAAUUCGCUCUACUUCUACCGGAACACCAAAUCCUACGUCCUCAUUCACAGAUCAAGUGAACGGCUCCAUCACCAUGCUGUAUCACAAUUCUACCUUCCCUAUUGUCCGCAAACCAAAGAAACCGUCCUCUGUGGAGCCAGAGAACAUCCUACAGGCGGUGGGUCACAUGUCCCGGGUUCAGAUGGCGUAUCUAAUCAUUGGUGCUAUGUUGUUAGUGAACGGCUUUCUGUUCUGUAGUUUGUAUUGUUAUGAUAGAUACAAGUCUGAUAUUAGUGUCUAUGAAGACACCGAUGCUGGACACGAUAAGUUUGGAAAUCCUUGCAAGCGAUAUGUGAUUAUGUCUAUGAUGUUUUUGUUUUUCCUUGCUUAUAUUGGCAUGGAGACGACCUUUGGGGGCCUUUUGAUGACCUUCACAGUGAACUUCAAGGGCUGGACAAAAGACAAAGGAGCCAUAGUGACCGCGAUUUUCUGGGGUUCCCUUGCAGCAGGACGAGGGUUUUCAAUAUUUAUUGCAAACUGUUUCCGUCCAACCUGCAUGCUGGCCAUAGACCUUUGCCUAAUGCUGAUUGGCUCUGCAUUAUUGAGUUUUGGGAUCAGUUAUUACGAUGCAGUUCUCUGGAUAGGGACCUUGACCUUAGGUUUUGGAAUGUCGUCCAUGUUUCCCACGGCAAUCUCCUGGAUUGACCAGUAUUUCAAAAUGACUGGAAAGUCCACUGCCGUGCUUGUUAUGGGUUCGGCCAUGGGCCAAAUGAUAGUUCCGGUCACUACUGGGUAUUUUUACGAGUAUUACCUCAAGAUGUCUCUGAUGUACAGUUGUCUUGCUUUGAGUAUUUUAUUAAGUGUUUUAUUUGUGAUCAUGCAGUUUAUUGCCUCUCGAGAUAAUGAUCUCAGUACGCAUGUAGAUACUGAAGGAUUUACGAGACUUAGAGGUGAGGAGAAUCUGGAAAUGGAUGAUGUGUCGUAUGGAACAACGGCCAAUGGAAAGCGUCGAUUCAUGCCUACAUUCAGUGACACCGAAUAUAAUCAGCUCUUACAGGACGAAGAUGAGGAAGAUUUGUUGGCACUGUGAGAGGGAUACUUAUUCUGAAUUGGCAUAUAGAUGUGAAACGGAUCAAACUACCGACGUAGUGUUAUGGAUAUUCAUUAAGCUUGUUGGUGUGAAGUGAAUCUACAUGCAAUUAUCAGUGUGAGUGAUAUGAAUAUUCAUUAAGCUUAUAGGUGUGAAACAAAUCACAUUAUUAGCAUAGUGAUCAUCAGUAUGAAUAUUCAUUAUGCCCAGAGAUGUCCAAAUGAAUGAGGGUUAGAAAAAGUUAUAUAUAUGCUAAUGUAUAUAUAAGGAUAUCCAUUGCUUAUAGAACUAUCUGAAGUCCCAGUGUGCAUUGCAAAUGAGAUUAGUAAACAUUAUAGUUAAUGAAAUGUAAGGAAAUCUCCCAAGGAUUUCAGUGAGCAGACUUGGUGAUAUAAAUAUAAACUGAAAGUUUUCUCAACAAAAACUUAGAAGGAUUUUAAAUUCCAUAUAUACUGACAAACUGUAUGUAAAUGUGUGUAUAUGUAUUUCGUAUGAUCCUGCUGGUUUGUGGUGAAAGUGAUGAAGAUUAACGAGAAUCUCAGCUAUGGGUUGUAGGAUGUAAAUUAUGUAGAAAUGUCUAUGAACCCAUUGAUGUGGAAUUCAGAAAAUUUUGUUUAUUGUUUGUACUUUGCUAUGUAGCGGUAACUGAUGUGUUUUAUUAAGUGUAUAUUCAAUGUACCAAUACUAGUGACUGAUGAUGUGGAAAAAAUACUCCGACAUUUGCAUGUAAUGUGAAUCUGUAAGGAAUGUCAUCUUCAGAACACUGAAACAUGUUAUUUAUAGUAUCAGCUAUUAAAGGUCACUUUACCGAAA